AACAUCAACAUUUACUCCAAAGGGACAUCUUUUCUACAAACUACGGAUGUACGACUUUGAUGUAGCUGUUGUUUCCGACAAAUUCACUGACAAGAAUGGUAAAACAACAUACAACGUUACAACACACAUUUUCCUCAGGGCGAUGAAGUAUCCAGAGUUUACCAUUCGCGUUGUGGUUUUUCACGAACGCGCCGCUAGGAUAGGAAAGAACGCCGGUUUGUAUGAAAAGUUUGAUCUAGAACUAGCAAUGAUAGAUGGCUUACGUCUAUAUAUCCCCAAACCAGCGAACAAGUUUCCAGAGACAGUUGCGCAAUCCAAGUACAUUGACUGUAAUAAAACAGCGGCAGACAACUUCUUCAAAAUGUAUCCUCCUGACAGAUCGUCGGCAGCAAACGCAUUCAGGGAAAAGGCGAGACAGGUGUUAGCAGGAGCAAAACAAGUCUUAGAUAAACUCAGUGUGCGUUUCUGGUUGAGUAGUGGCACACUUCUGGGUUGGUACAGAGAAUGUGACAUCAUUCCACAUUCCGUCGAUAUAGAUUUGGAAAUGUGGGCCAAAGACUAUAACCCACAAAUUAUCCCUGAUAUGAAGAAAGCCGGAUUUCAAUUCAAACAACAGCUUGGCAGACUUAAUGACUCAUUGGAAGUAUCAUUCAUAGCUUGGGGGAUCAAAUUGGACAUUUUCUUUGUCUACGAAGCGCCAGAUCACUUGUGGUUGGGUGGAAUGGACGUUAGCAAUGGAGAAAAGCAAAAGUAUGUGUUUCCGAAGUAUGAUCUUUGCUGGACUACCCUCCAAGACCUGUUCCUGCGUGUUCCUUGUCCACCCUUGAUAUACAUAGAGGCCAACUAUGGUUCGAACUGGUUUACACCGAAGAAAAAAUGGAACUGGAAAAGUAGCGCCUCAAAUGUGCGUAAAAAUGGCUACUGGCCGAAAGACCAAUGGGGCAGUGUCGUGAAGGUUUAUUCUUAGUAUAUAUUGCAUACAACAGGAAACAGCUGAUCUGUGUAUUGGUAAAGUUAUGACAAACAAAAAUUUGAAUACAUAUUUGGAUGAUCAAAUAAAUAGUGUACGUCGUGUAGAUGUCUUCAAUUUACACUAAUAAAAUAUUUAGCAUAAAAUUACACAUACAUUUUUGUGGAUAUAUCAAACUUAUUUCAAACUUACAAUGUCGCUAAGUCACAACUUUCAUUUUGAGUUAAACCCCUACAGAACUCAAGGUAUUGUCUAUAAACUGAUGAUCUCUUUUUAUUUAAAAGGGACCUUGAACUUUGAACUCCGUGCUUGAUGUUUGCAAUAUUAUUAAUCAUGCGAACUCCAAGCCUGAUUUUUGCAAUAUUAUCAAUCAGGCGCAAUGUACCGUGAUACUUUAGCACUUUACAAUAAUGCAGAGCAAAUUGAGAUCAUUUCAAUUUAAUAUUAGCUUUCUAUCCCUAUUCCUGAACAUUACAGAAUCCUCUAUCUAAGGUGUUCACAUAUCCCUGUUGAUUACUGGUUACUGAUUCAACAACUUUUCGAUAUCACAUUUCCAUGACUUAAAGCAAGACUUGCUUGGCGGGAGAGGGACCACAUGAAGUUCACGGUCAUAGUAGGUGAUCAUAGGGAAUCUAUAUUGUGUUAACACAAUAGAAAAUAAAAACUACAAAAGAAUAUCAUUAAUGAUAAUUUUAUUCUUCAACUAAUAAUAUGUAAAACUAUGCAGAUUUAGAUAACUGUAAAAUUGUAACAAAAAAACAUCAUAUUAAAAACGAACCAUUACUUGAGUUAAUACUCACAGCAGGAAAUACAGCAACAUGUAUUUGGUCUCGUUGUAACAUGCACAGGAAGUUGAUAUAUCUUUUAAAAUCUUUGUUUAAUGUGUUAAACUUGAAUAUGUAUUUUAAACCGAUAUUAGAUAAUACUAUAAAGUUUCCGCUCUGAAUUGUACAUCCAAUUCCUCAAAAAGGAAUAAUGUAGGCUUUGCAUAAAGAACUUUGUAUUAACUAAAAACUAAGGUAAAUAAUAGAAUAUUUGCUGUAACAUAUUUAGAAUACGAUUUCUGUUAAAAUGUACAUAAUUUUGCAUAUGCAAUGUUUUACUUGACAUCACCUUUGAUUACAGUGCUCAAAACAGCCAA